AUGCGUGAGAAGGAGCUGCCCAGCCUCACCACCCAGGAGGCGAAGUUCCGCCCACAGAGGCUGAAGGAGCAGGCCAGGCUCUUCUCUCAGGACCUCAAACAGAUUGACCUGGAUGUGAACCGCACCUUCAGAAGCCACAUCAUGUUCCAGGAUCACUAUGGCAUCAAGCAGCAAGCCCUGUUCCACGUCCUCGCGGCCUAUUCCGUGUACAACCCCGAGGUGGGCUACUGCCAGGGCAUGAGCCAGGUCGCGGCCAUCCUGCUCAUGUUGCUGGGUGAGGAGGACGCCUUCUGGGCGCUGGCCCAACUGAUGACCGGCGAGAGGCACGCCAUGCACGACCCCCUUCUCACUCACCCUGAGGCUCUGGGACACCUGCAUCCUGGAGGGUGAGCGCGUGCUCACUGCCACAGCCUCACCAUC